CAAAAAUAAUCGGGUCACUGACAGUUGGUAAGUGUUAGUGUAGCGAUCGAAGCUGUGGUUUCUUUUACUUUACUGUAGCCUACACCCUAGUUAGACCUAGGGUUAGUAGUAAAAGAUGAACAUUACCAGGCAAUACGAAAUUCAUCGAAGUAAAGUUGAGAAGUGCAUCACGUGACCAUGUCGAACGGCUACGUCUGUACCCUGAGCCCCGCGUGUUUAGAACGGGCGAAAGCGGAACUGUGUGAGGACCCUAACACACGGAAACAAGAGAUCAACGCUUUCAGAGAGAGGCUGUUGAGAUUACCAGGACUAAACUGCCGUACAGACAGUCUGUUCUUGUUGAGAUUCCUCCGCGCUAAGAAGUUCGACCAGGAACGUUCCUUCACCCUGAUCAUCAACUACUACAAGAGGAAACUAGAAAAGCCAGACUUGUACGCGACGCUCCUGCCUUCUAGCAUCCAGCACGUUCUAGAAAAUGACUUCAUUGUCAAACUGGACGGCAAAGAUAAAGAAGGCAGCCCGGUGUUAUUCUACAGACCAGGACUCUGGGACCCCGACAAAUACCCAGCCUGGGACAUACUGAAAACAUCGAUGAUCAUUAUGUCCAAGCUGCUAGAGGAAGAAGACGUGCAGGUGACUGGUGUCCGGUUUUUAACAGAUCUCAAAGACUUCCACUGGCAGCACGUGAAGAACAUGCCCUUAGACUACUUGAAGUUCCAGCUCUCGUGGUUUCAGGAUUCCAUGCCUCUGCGAUACAAAGGGUUUCACAACUUACACGAACACGCCGUGUUUUACCACUUAUUCACCUUGAUGAAACAUCUGAUGAGCGAAAAAUUAAAAAGUCGGAUAUUUCUACACGGAUCCAAGGUAGAAGAACUUCUAGAGUUCAUAGACAAAGACGUUUUACCGGAAGAGUAUGGAGGGACGGGACCGCCCUUGUCCGGAAAGGCAUAUACCAAAGUGUUACUGGAAAGUGAGCAGGAUUUCAAAGAGGAAAUGCGGUAUGGUUUUGUUGACAUGACCAUGCACAAAGACAACAAGUCUAAACAAUCGGAAGAUGCUAUGGAGAAUCUGUCGGGCACUUACAGGAAGCUCGACAUUGAUUGACGACGGUGCAAGGUCCUACAACACAGUGUGAUAUUUGUGUCAAACAACCUAAAACUGGAAGCAGCAAUCAUUUGAAACUUUGUGGUUUUUUCUGGGGGGUUUUAAUGCCUGAAACAUUAGUGGUACAGGGGCAUGUAAACAAUACUCGUUCUAAGUUCUGGGGGUUUAUUAAAAUAUUUUUUCUCUUCAACCAUCCCAGGCCUGUAUGCAAAGGUCUACAUUUUUAUGUAUAAAAUUUACAUAACGUUACGUAAACAGGUUGGUUUUUUUUUGCCAUUGUUGGUCCCAUCUCAAGGAAUUCGCCGCCCCACCCCUUAAAAUCCUGCGUACGGGCCUGCAGCCCAAUGCUAUGACAACGAAUCUUAAGAUUAACAUGCUGAAGAUUUUAAUUGUUAUAGAUCUCUCUGCAAUUCAGACGGGUGCGUUUAGUACGGACAUGUUUUGGGCAGUGUGACAAUAAAUCGGAACAUUUAGAUGUUAAUUGUUAUGGAUCUCUCUAGAAGAUAUAAAUAGCCCAGUUUUGAUUAACCACGUGUGUUUAUUUAUUAAAGCAAUUCCGACGUGUGCGUAUAGUACGGACUACAGUUUUGUACACGAUACAUCUAACCAUUUGGAAGAUGUUAUGGAUCUCUGGAACGUACACAGACUGCCCACUACCGAUUAACAAUGGGUGUUUAUAUAUUAAGAUAAUUCAGAAGUUUGCGUUUAGUAUGUAGUACAGUUUUGUGCACUGUGACAAUGAAUCAGAACAUUCAGAUGUUAUGGAUCUCUGCAAAUUAUAGACACCUGCCUAGAAGCUGUUCUAAUGGAGAGGUGGGAGGGGGGGGGGGUGGGGGGGGAAGAAAGGAGAUCCACCCAAGCAUAUUCAAGUGCAUCUUUUCCCCCUCUCUUAAUUUGUUCUUUCAUUGGAGAUGCCCUUUGGACAUGUUGAUCCACCUCUGUUUGUAUUUAUUUAUUAAGACAAUUCAGAAAUGUGUGUUUAGUUGACUGUGACAAUAAAUCUAACCAUUUGGAAUGUGUUAUGGAGCUCUGGGACUUAAGACUCCCCAGCAUUGACUAACCAUGUUUAUCAAGACAUCAAAAGUGUGGAGUGCAUGUAGUACAGACUUGUUUUGUGAAUUAUGAUCAAGAAUCUAAACAUUUGGAACACAUUGUAGAUCUCUGGAACUCGUCACAGCCCAAUGGUGAUUAACCAUCAUGUUUAUUUAUUAAGACAAAUCAAAAGUGCACCAAUUUCAGUUUGUGAACUGUGAUCAUGAAUCUGAUCAUCUUAAAGAUGUUAUCGAUAUCUCUGAAACUCUGACAGCUCAAUAUGUAUUAACCAAGAGUUUAUUUAUCACGACACUUCAAAACAACAAAUUUAAAGAUUGUUCUGAAGAUGUUAUCGAUAUCUCUGAAACUCUGACAGCUCAAUAUGUAUUAACCAAGAGUUUUUUUUUAUCACACUUCAAAACAACAAAUUUAAAGAUGGUUUUGAAGAUGUUACGGAUAUAUCCAUCCCAUUGCAAAAUAUUCACAUAAUUAGAAUUGAAUCAUACACGUAACAUAUUCAUUAAUAUAGAUAUGGUUUUCCAUCAAACUUUUGAUGGGCGUUUCAUAUACUUCAGCUGUUAAAAAAUAUAUUAUGUCACCAACCAAUUUUACUAUACUGCGCCUGUUUUUUAUUUUUAUUAUUUUAUUUGGGGGUGGGGCUUAAGUUGGUGAACUUCUACAGGCCCCAGGGUCUAGGCUCAAAUCUUUAAUUAUAUCAUACCCAUGCAAUUUAUAAGUGUUGCCAUGACACUGAUGGCUCCAGAGUUCAGACUUUUAAAAAUCCAUCAAACACCGAAAUACAAAACACUUAAAAAUACUGAAGAAUUUAUUACAUGAAUACAGUAAUAUUUAUAUGUAACAAAACUAUGAUGAGAAUAUCAACAAUAAUAACAAUGAGGAAGACCAGACAAAACAAUUAGCACAAAUCAGGGGAAUAGGCUGAACUAAUAAUAUAUGAACAACUUUUGAUUUCUUUUUCAUAUAUAUUCAGGGAAAUAGCAAAUAUAUAUAUAUUUUUUAAAUUUAUUUUGUGAAGAUUCUAGGCAUUAUGCGAGUUUCACCACAUAUAAAUGCCACUAUAACUGCUAUGCCUACAACAUCGAACGAUGCAUACCAGCAAAUAAAAUUCUAAAGAUGACAAUGUUAACAUAUCGUUGACCAAGAAUUAACUAGGUUUAUCCACAAUGUAUUUGAUAUUGGGGAUAGACUUAAGUUAAUUCUCGGCUGACGAUAUGGCUAAAACUAUGACAUGCAACCUUUUAAUUGAUGUGUACACCACAUGUAUACUGACAUCCAAAAGAAACUUUACACACAUAAAAUGUUAAUAAUUUGAUAAAUAUUGUUGCCAAUCGAAAAGAACGAACUUAGAAACCACCUUACAAACACUUUGCAUGUAUCACAAAGUGCAUUGUGAUGUUUAAAUUUUGAACUUCAUGAUAUUUUCAUAUCCCACCAUACCAUUUAAAAAAAAAUAAAAAAAAAAAAAUAUUUUUUAUAUUAUAAUUUCAAGACUUGUAAGGUUUCUUUUGGACACCAGUACAUAAACAUAAACAUAAAUAGUACAACACCUUGGACUUGAUUAUUAAUUAGCAUAAAAUCAAGGGACAUCAUUUACAUGGUUACAUGGACAGACGAACUGGGUUACACAAAAAGAGUUACCAGAAUUUGUUUUUGCAUACUGGUAACCAAUUCAUUGGGUUAAACACAUUGUCAAUGGUCUGCUAUUUAGUAUCUAGGGCUCCAUUCCACGAAGCGAUCUUAGCACUAAGAUCAUCUUAGUGCAUAAAGUAGCUAUGCACUUAAGGUGAUCUUAGGGCUAAGAUCGCUUUGUGGAACGGGGCCCAGGGAGCUAAUUCACUAAACUCUUUCAACUUUGCAAUAUCGCUGUGCAGUGCAAAAAGAUUUGCAAAGAGGAUGCUUUGUUGUCUAGCAGAGCCUAAGAGAGCUUUGUGAAUAAGGCCCCUGGCUUGUUAGCCAGAAACGUCAUGGCUACUGACAGAACAGGUGUCUCCGACUCUGUCGCUCUCUCAACAGGUGUCCCUGUGAGUGAGCAGUUGCUCGUUAACAACGCACAAGAAUGGCUAAUUGAUCGCACACUUGUAAAUUUAAUAUAUACCAUGAUUAAGAAAUGAAUGGUAUUUAACAGUUACAUGUAAAUAACAAAUUUGUAUUUUAGAACAAAAGUUUUAACAGGUCUGAAAGUAUACAUGAAUUUAUCUACAUGUACCGUAGGCAGAUAUUAAGCCUUCUACAUGUAGCUUAUUUAUUUAUAUAUUAUUAUUGUAUUUAACUUCUGCAACUGCCCAUGGCAAUCAGCAAUACCGUGGAGAUGGAAUUCUCCAGGACACCUUUGUUUGCCUUGGACUAUACUUUUCUUUUUUUCAACAAUGUGUUUUAAGAUUGGUUUUGGGUUUUUUGAAGUGGACAUUUUUUUAAAUGCAGGGGCUGUUACUAUUCUUUUCUUUUUAAAUUCUAUUAUACAAUAAAGGGCACCAUUCAGUUACACCUUUGGGUGCUAAAAUAAGUUUUAUAUGUGGCAUUUCAUUGUAAAUUAAAAGACGUUUUACAACUCACUUGCUGUUGUUAUCCCCCACCCCACCCUACUCCUACUGUGACAUCACGCACAAUGGCCUCAAUCUUUAUGUUAAGGAUCUAUAGGUGGAGAUAUAUUUUAUGAAUAGUAUGCAAUACUCAAAUAGUAUGCAAUAUUCAACAAAGGUAAUUAAGGACCAAUAGAAAUUUUUGGGCAUAUCUUUUUUAUGGGCCCACCGACGGGGAUCAAUUCCAAACCGACCAUGCAUCAAGCGAGCUCUUUAACACUGGGCUAAAUCCCGCCCCAAAUUUACUCAAAUAACAGUUAAUCAAAUAACAGUUAAAAAUCGUCUGUGAUUAAAAAUUACUAACGUAUUACACCACCAGGAAAAACUGACCCAAAAAUAAAUAAAUAAAUAAAAUUCUACUGGCUCCUAAUUAAUUUUGUUGAGUAUAUUUAAUGUUCCAAAAAUAAAAUGUGAUAUUACAAGUCUGUGUUAUGUACAUGUAUAUAUACUUUUAACUUUUUGAUUAAAUUAUUAUGCAAU